UCCAUUUGUAGCAAGGUCCCUCUCCAUCACUCUUCCACGCAGCCAGAAGAAUUACCACCGGAGGGCUGAUCGCAACCGCUAGCCGCAACCAUGAACGGCACAGAGGGACCCUAUUUUUAUGUCCCUAUGGUGAACACCACCGGCAUCGUCCGGAGUCCUUAUGAAUACCCUCAGUACUACCUUGUCAGUCCAGCGGCCUACGCCGCUCUGGGCGCCUACAUGUUUUUCCUCAUCCUUUUUGGCUUCCCCAUCAACUUCCUCACUCUCUACGUCACCCUCGAACACAAGAAGCUGCGAACCCCUCUAAACUACAUCCUGCUGAACCUCGCGGUGGCCGACCUCUUCAUGGUGUUCGGAGGAUUCACCACGACGAUGUACACCUCCAUGCACGGCUACUUUGUCCUCGGUCGCCUCGGCUGCAAUCUGGAAGGAUUCUUUGCUACCCUCGGCGGUGAGAUCGGCCUCUGGUCACUGGUUGUUCUGGCUAUCGAGAGGUGGGUGGUCGUCUGCAAGCCCAUCAGCAACUUCCGCUUCGGAGAGAAUCACGCCAUUAUGGGUUUGGCCUUCACCUGGAUAAUGGCCUCAGCUUGCGCCGUGCCCCCGCUCGUCGGCUGGUCCCGCUACAUCCCCGAGGGCAUGCAGUGCUCAUGCGGAGUCGACUACUACACGCGCGCAGAGGGAUUCAACAACGAGUCCUUCGUCGUCUACAUGUUCAUCUGCCACUUCUGCAUCCCUCUGUUCGUGGUGUUCUUCUGCUAUGGCCGUCUGCUCUGUGCCGUCAAGGAGGCCGCCGCCGCCCAGCAGGAGUCUGAGACCACCCAGAGGGCCGAGAGGGAGGUCACCCGCAUGGUGGUCAUCAUGGUCAUCGGUUUCCUGGUGUGUUGGUUGCCCUACGCCAGCGUGGCCUGGUACAUUUUCACACACCAGGGCUCCGAGUUCGGACCGCUCUUCAUGACCCUCCCAGCCUUCUUUGCCAAGAGUUCCUCCAUCUAUAACCCAAUGAUCUACAUCUGCAUGAACAAGCAGUUCCGCCACUGCAUGAUCACCACCUUGUGCUGCGGGAAGAACCCCUUCGAGGAGGAGGAAGGAGCAUCCACCACUGCCUCCAAGACCGAGGCCUCCUCCGUCUCCUCCAGCUCCGUGUCUCCUGCAUAAAAGGGCCACCAGACAAAGGCUCCGAGAUCCACUAUCCAAGAAGAAGACUUCUGCUUCCCCAGGGAAACGACUGAAGGCUAAUGUCUACAGAAAUAACGUCCUUUUUGUAUUUUUACAAAUGAGUUGGUUCAACCUAAAGACAGUUGCAGGAAAGGUCAGCCCAUUACAGAGUUGUUCCUGUAUGUACAGAACAUCCAACUUAACAAUCCACGAGAUUUUUUUUUUUUUUCCUGAGAAGAAAGGAAAAAAUGUUAAAUCUUCCACAGUUGGAUCCUAUAUGAUACUGGCUUAUUUUUGAAUGUAGAGGCAUGUAAUCAAGGCAACGUAAAAUAAAACGCACUUUGCAAA